GUUAAUAGUGUGUACGUUUCCCCUUAACGGAUGAAAACAAAAGCUGCAUUGUCCGACCGGUUAGCGGGUCACUGACUCUGAAACUUGCUAGCUGUAACAGUGACUUCGAUGGAUAUUCGCCAGCGCCUAUCUUGAUCUGAGAAUUUUGGCCAUGGAUCAUUUUCUGUCUUGCAGGAAGGUGGAGUAUCCAGGCGCAAUGUAGCGUCUGGUUUGGCGGAUUCCAUUCGGGUGAAAAAAUGGGACAGGGGUAUUCCCGGUUAUGCAAUGGUUCAAGUAGUCGUAGGGAGCCGGGGGCCGGCCGAUGGAAGCGAUUAAAAACGGAGGGAGGAGGCAAAGUCGUCCGUCAAGGAUCACCGUGUAGCGGUCUAGUCUCGGUUCAGCCGCCGCAGGGUUCGUCAUCGGCCGUCAGCUCCACGGAGGCAAACGACGACAAAAGAGACCACGAUCUGGAAGAACCGGCAGGAGAAUCAGCAUGGGACGGGGAAGGCCUUGAAGACAGCGAAGUUGAUAAAGGAGGUGAAACUCCAACCUAUAAGUACAUUUCCAUGAAGUCUGAGAGCGGCAAAGCCCCCAAGAAACGCAAAUGGCACGGCAAAGUCUCAUCAUACACAAGUAACGCAUCCACGAGCGUGCCAAAAGAAGUCACACCACUGCAGCCGAACGACAUCAUUUUGGCGGGAAACGAGCGGAGCCAAACAGGAAACACAUUCCGACCUGGCAGUUUGCCAGCUGUUAUCACCGACUCCAAACCCAUGAAGGACGCUCAUAGGCUGCUGGGCGUUCUGACUGAGCACGCGCACGCCGAUGAGUUGUCAGAGGAAGGUCCGGAGUCCGGGGAUGCCGUACACCGUAUCAUCCAACACGACAUCGGCCGUGAGCGCAGCAUCAACGCCCGCCUGCGCGAGCUGAAGGACAUCGAAGGUCGCAAGUCCGAGAGGAGGUUGUCCGUCACCGCGGCGGCCACCGCGUCGCAGCUGCACGUCAUCCCCGAGAUUAUUGGCGAGGAGCCCACUGAUCCGGCAGACUUCAAGUACUCUGAUACCGAUCUCUACUUCUAGUCUCUUUCCACAUUGAAAUCUCAUGCACCCUAAAGAUUCUUCCCGACUUCAUCUUCUACAGGUAACGUUUUUGAAGGAUUUUGUGAGUUGGAAUGGAUGGCGACACAGCUUUCAGAUUUUACUUGAAGUACAAAUUAAAAACUCAUUCUGAGAAAAAGAAAUUCUUUUUGAAUAAUGCACAUUCAAAACAACAAAUGGAAAUAUUUCAAUUGCUUAGAAUGAAAGGGGCAAUGAUUACACAUGAACAUUCUAGCACGAAAUUUUGUUCAUGGAUGGGCAAUGCUUGCCCGUCUUAAUUUUAUUAAUCUUUCUAUGUUCAAAGUAACAUCUACAGUUACAUCUUGUAAAACGCAAACUAAAACAGUGAAAUGCUUCUUACUUGACAGGUAUUUAAAAGUCAUAUUUCAGUACUACAAACUUGGUACUACUUGGUUUAUUAAAAUGUUAUUGAAUCAUUCCUAGGGUCUAGUUACAGUUCAACAAAAUAUGGGUCACCAGAAAGUACACACGUACUUGAAAAAAGUUAUACACAUGUACUUGUACCCUGUAAAGUCUUAAGAGCAUGCAUACUUAUUGAACAAGCGUUACUUGCGUUAUUUUGGGAUUUGACCACAAAAGGAGGUAAAUAAUAAAAGUUUAUGUUGGCAAGGAAAAUCUACCCCUACUUGGUAAGUAUAGGCAAUUAACAUGUUUCGACUUGUUCAGUGUUGAUAAAAAGUCGGUGAAUAAAACAGCACAUGCUGUCAAACAAGGACGCAAUAAAAUUUGCAAAACCUCCAUUAGACUAAUAAAAAUAAAAGGUCGUCACUGAUGUACCAAGGACGGAUCCAGGAUUUUAA